AUGGCCGACCUUGUUAAAGACAGCAUUGGACUCAAGACGCCAUUGGAAACCCUAUACCCAUUUCCCAUUCCAAUGCUCUCUGAGGCUCACAUCCACAUCUUCACCGCUGUCCUGACUCUCUUGCUACCACUCGCUACGGCUUUCUACAUCCACUACGACUACCGCGCCUUCCUCUCCCUUGGACCUGGCGGCACACCCUCUACACCACUCGGCUACCUAAAGAUCAAACUUCUAUCUAUACUUUGUCUUCGAGAUCCAUUGCGCCCUCUCCCAAUACCACCGCACUUCAGGCCGCAAAAGGGUUAUCUCAACGACGGCACGCUACUCAAGAGACCAGGUACAAAACCCGUGGUUCAGGGCAUCGCACCACAAAGACAGCAGACUCAGAAGAGCGAUAGGAUCGUGUAUGCACGAUUAGUCGCAAAGAUCAAAGAGGUUGCUCGCGACCCGAGGAAUUGCUUACUGGAGCGAACCUCCUGUUUCGAGAAGCACAGUUCUGGCCUAUUCACUUCUAUACCUAUUACGCGGACUUGCAGAGGAGAAAUCUGCCAUGCUCAUCCUUCGGACGGAUCCAUGCACAUGACUCUUCAUCCAGCGGAUGCUAAACUCGUGCUAGAGAAUGGAUGGGGCGAACGACAUCCGCUGGCUAGAGGAGGGUGGUGCAGGAGGUUUGUGCCCAAGGAAUUUGUGUUGAUCUACGCACCAAGGGACGAAAUAGAGGUGGAUAUUAUGAUGCGGAUCGUUGCUGCGAGCAUAUGGUGGGUUAGUGGCAUUGACGUCAAUGGAGACGAGGAUGGGCCUAGAAGGAAGAGUGCAGACGUGGCGGCUGUUAGCAGGGCGAUGGAGGGGAAUGAGUGUUGGGCAUGCAAUGCUCAUGGAUGUAGUGGUAGUAAAGUGGAAAAGAUGACUGGUGAUGCUUGA